AUGGGCUACCGUGUCAUUGCAAGUGACAUUGCACAAGACAAGCUCGACCUUGCACUAAGAUGUGGUGCUGUCAAGACAGUAAACUCGAAGGAUUCUUCCAAAGUCGAAAUCGUUCAAACAGGAUGCACAAUUGUGGUGACUGGCGUCGCAGCAGCUUAUGACUUUGGCAUCAAAGCCACUGCAACUGGCGGGAAGGUUAUCAUAAUUGGAGUUCCGCACGGCCCAGUCCCAAUCGAUAUCCUCCUGUCACUGCUCGCUUACACUAUCGGAGCUACAAACCAAGGGAACAAGAAAGAGUUGGUGGAGGCCCUUCAAGUUGCUGCGGAUCUGGGCAUCAAGCCGAUAUACGAGGUCAAGCAAGUGAGCGCAAUAAAUCAGGGUGUCUCCGAUGUAACUGCUGGUAAGACGGUCGGGCGAAUUUGGACUGGUGGAUCCGGGGAGAAGCUGAAAUUCUUAAAUCCCAAAAAUGAACUCGAUUUGGAAGUAUCUCUAUGCUCAGCUAGUGAGGAAGACCUCGAACAGGCCGUGGCAUGUGCGACAGAGGCUUUCGAGUCCGGUCCUUGGUCCAGUUUCACAAGUGCGAAAAGGGGGCAAUGCAUCCGAAAACUAGCGGACUUGAUGAAUGACCACGUUGUGGAGAUCGCGUAUUUCGAGAGUGUGGUAUCGGGAAAACCAAUCACUGAUGUUGAACGAGACGUGAGAAUGAGCGCAGAGGUUCUUCAAUGUUGGGCGGACAAAAUCAAGGGAGACGUAUAUCCUGCCGACGAUGGUUUCUACAAGAUCAUUACCCAGGAGCCUCUGGGAGUGUGUGCGGGCAUCACGGCCUGGAACGGAUCCCUUCAUUUUCUCGCCUGGAAAGCCGGGCCCGCCCUGGCCUGCGGGAACACAUGCAUUAUCAAACCGUCAGAGAAAUCACCAUUUGGUACUCUUGCUGUUGGCUACUUGGUAGAGGCAGCGGGAUUUCCUGCCGGCGUGCUCCAGAUACUCCCUGGCGAUGGAAAAAUCGGCGCAUGUCUGGCGAGCCAUAUGAAAGUCGCUAAGGUGUCCUUCACUGGCUCUACGAUAACUGGACGGAAAAUUCAGGAAGCAGCAACAAAGAGCAACAUGAAACGCGUGACCCUAGAGCUUGGGGGGAAAAGCCCAAUGAUUAUCUUCGAUGACUGUGACUUGGAAAAGGCCAUGUUCUGGGCUGUUGCGGGCAUCACUGUAGGAACUGGUCAGGUUUGUGCCGCAACAUCUCGAAUUUUGAUCCAGGACUCAAUCAGAGACGAGUUCAUAUCUAAACUUAAGGCAAGAUUCGAGUCCAUCACUCUCGGACAGGAUCCACAGGACGGACGGUCCAGUUAUGGACCCAUCAUUGACAAGUUCCAAUAUGAUAGGGUCAGAGGGUACAUUGAGGCUGGAAAGCAGAGCGGAGCAACUGUGCUCGCUGGCAGUGAAGAUUACCCAGGGAAGGGGUAUUACGUUCCUCCAACAAUCUUCCUCAACCCCCCUGAGGAUGCUGUUAUCUACCGGGAAGAAAUCUUUGGACCAGUUCUUUGCGUGACUACUUUUGGGACAGAGCAGGAGGCUCUGCAGAAGGCCAACGAUACUCACUACGGAUUGUCCGGAGCCGUUUUCACGAAAGACCUAAAUAGAGCUCUUCGUGUGAGUUCCAAGGUCAAGGCUGGGACUGUUUGUGUCAACUGUGCCAUCAUGAUUGGGCCGCAAGCUCCCAAUGGGGGUUUCAAGCAAAGUGGGUACGGUCGAGAGCUCGGAGAGUAUGCAUUGAGACACUACACCGAGCCCAAAACUACGUUUAUUAGUUCUACUUGA